GGAGCGGUGAAGCCGCCAUUUUGUUGUUUGGAGGCUCUUGCAGCAUUCACCCGCAGCUCGCCGCCGAGUGAACAACGGAACCAGAAAAGCUCCUAAAAAACAGAAAACAAAGGAUUUGCCAUGAGCGGUUGUCGAGUCUUCAUCGGCCGCUUGAGCCCUCAAGCCAGAGAGAGAGACGUGGAGAAGUUUUUCAAGGGUUACGGACGGAUCCGAGAGAUCAACCUAAAGAACGGAUUCGGCUUCGUGGAAUUUGACGACCACAGAGAUGCAGAUGAUGCUGUUUAUGAGUUAAAUGGAAAAGAAUUGUGCAGUGAAAGGGUCACUGUUGAACACGCUCGCUCCAGGAGAGGAGGUGGAGGAGGAGGAGGUGGCGGAGGAGGAAGAGGCGGAGGAGGUGGAGGAGGAGGUGGUGGUGGUCCUGGGAUGGGACGUUAUAGCGGUGGCUAUCGGCAGUCUCGCAGCAGCGGAUCUAGGUACGGCCCUCCGGUGCGCACCGACUACAGACUCAUUGUUGAGAAUCUCUCCUCACGGAUCAGCUGGCAGGACCUGAAAGACCUGAUGAGAAAAGCAGGUGAAGUUACAUUUGUGGACGCACACCGACCCACCAAGAACGAAGGGGUGGUUGAAUUUGCUUCCCGUAGUGACAUGAAGAACGCCAUCUCCAAGCUUGAUGGGACGGAGCUGAAUGGACGCAAGCUGAAAAUCUUUGAGGACAGCAGGAGGAGUCGGUCCCGCAGCUACUCCCGGUCCAGGAGCCGCUCCCGGAGCCGCAGCCGCUCCCGCUCUCGUUCCCGCUCUCGGUCCCGCUCCAGGUCCCGGUCCAGGAGCCGCUCCAGGUCCGUCAGCCGCACCCCAGAGAAGAAGUCCGGGGGCGGGGGGGACAAGUCCGUGGCCAGAUCCCCCUCCAGGUCCCGCUCCAAAUCCCGUUCCAAGUCUCGCUCCAAAUCCCGCUCCAAGUCCCGCUCCAAAUCCAGGUCCAAGUCUCGCUCCAAGUCUCGCUCCAAAUCCCGUUCCAAGUCCAAGUCUCGUUCCAAGUCCCGCUCCAAGUCUCGCUCCAAGUCCCGUUCUCGCUCUCCAGCCCCCGUUCUGGAGAAACAGUCCCGCUCCAAGUCCCGCUCUCGCUCCAGGUCCCGGUCCAGGUCCCGCUCCGCCUCGGCGGACAGUAAACGCUGAGACGAGCGACUCGUCGCCAGAAGUUAGUCGUCUGUUGGGCCUGAAUGGUGUUUUGUUUUUACUGAAGGGGUCGACAACCUUUUAUGUAGCUUUAUUUUCUAAAACAUUUUUGUCAUCGAUGUGAAUAUGUUGGAUUUUUUGUUUCUUUGUGCUUCCAUGGAAGUAAGGUUUUUGUGAUUUACAUAUUUGCUUCUUUAGGACCCCUUCAUGUCGGUUAACUCGUCCGUCAUCGUCUCCGUGAAAACCAUCGAUUGCCCCAAACUUAAACGAACACUUUUGUUGAUGGCAGACGCUCGUGACUGUGCUGUGGAUCGUUAAUCUGCCCGAGAGAUUCUGCAGCUAGUGGAACAUAAAUGCGUUAUUUUUAUUUUAUUUUUAUUUUAUUUUUAUUUUUUUCCCAUUGUUUUAGAAUUUGAAAUUUGUUUUCACAGAACGUCUUUAAUUAGUCUGUUUCUGGCAGGUUUACUGGUUCGUCUCCCGCAGGUGAACUCAAGUCUGACCUGAUUCUGUGAGGAUGUUUAUUAAUUUGCUAGGAAUAGAAACUGUAAAUUGCUUCUUUUUGUUUGUUUUUUUUUUUUCUAACCAUGUGAAUGUGUUGUUAAAUGCACAUCCACAUUAAAUCAAAUCUCCGCUGUGAAA